AUGGCGUCUGCUUCGAUCACGUUCGUGCUGAACCGGCUGGGGGAGCUGGCGGUGAAGGAGGCGGCGCUGCUGAGCGGCGUGGGCGACGACAUCCGGCUGCUCCGGGACAAGCUCGAGUGGCUGCAGACCUUCAUCCAGGACGCCGACCAGGAGCGGCGCGAGGGCGCCAACCAGUACGUGGGUCUCUGGGUCCGCCAGACCCGCGAUGUGGCGCACGAGGUGGAGGACGUCCUCGACGAGUUCCUCCGCCGCCUCGACCACGACACGCUGCGGCAGGGGGUCCCCGCCUGGAGGAGGUGGCUCAGACUCGCCGCCUCCUGCACCACCCAGGUCUCCGUCCGCCAUGACCUCCGGGAGCGGAUGGACGGCAUCAAGAACAGGCUCAAGGAGAUCUCUGACAACGUCGACAAGUACAAGAUCAGGACGUUCCGCCCCUCCGCCCCCGGCGCUUCUUCGUCGGCCCACAAUUCUACCAUCAACACCGUCCCCGCAUGGGAUGAGGGGAGCGAAGUGGUUGGCUUUAAAGAUGAACGUGCAGAGCUGCAACGUUAUCUUCUCGCUGGUGAUGAUACUAGCAGAUCUGUCAUGUCACUAGUUGGGGAGAGUGGCACUGGCAAAUCCACACUUGCAUGGGAAGUGUAUGACAGUCCUAUUAUCCGGAAGCAUUUUGAUGUCCGAGCCUGGAUCAAUGUCCCACCACAAAUAAGAGAUGAUGACAUCUUGUACUUCAUCUACAAGCGUUUGUGUCCCGAGAGUGAGGCCUGUGAACAAAAAAAUUCGAUCACAGAAAAAGUUCAUAAAGCCCUCUCGCUGUACCUGAAGAAUAAACGCUACCUGGUGAUGCUUGAUGGCCUGGUCAAUUUCAGCAACUGGCACUCCAUACUCCAUAGCCUACCACAGAAUGAGAAAGGCAGUAGAGUGAUGGUCAUCACUCGCCUGGAGGACAAAGAAGCUGCAUAUGCUAACCCAAAAGUUAGCACCCUCAAGAUAGGCAAGCUCGACAAAAAAGAUAGCUCAUCGCUAUUUCGUCGCAGAGUCUUUGGGGCCAACAACCAAUUUAAAGAGAAGAUCCUUGGCAGCAAAAUCUCAGAACCCAAUGUAAAUAUGGAGAAGGCAUGCGAGAACAUGUUCAAGAUAACCCACGGACUACCCUUGGCCAUUGUGGUGCUGGCUGGGCUUCUUCGGACAAAGAGCAUAUCAGAGUGGGAAGAGGUGUUGAAGAAGCUCGAGUCGGAUAAUGAGCCAAAGCAAGUGAAAAGGAUCUUGGCUUUGAGCUUUGAUGAUCUCCCAAGUCGGCUCAAGUCUUGCUUCCUAUAUUUUGCAGGAGUGCCAGAGAACCUGAUCUACAAUGCGAGACGCCUCGUGCGGCUAUGGGCCGCCGAGGGGUUUCUGAAGCCAAAGAAGGGGAAAACCAUGGAGGACAUUGGUCAGAACUACCUGAAGGAGCUGAUCUCAAGGGAGAUGAUCCGCCUGGUGAAGAGGGACAUGAAUGGAGGUGUUUGGCUUGUUGCUAUCCAUGACCGUCUCCAUGCUUUUGCACAGGCAGAAGCACAUGAGGCGAGUUUCCUUGAGGCACAUGACAAUGCUGAUCUCCUUGCACCCGGUGCAGUUCGCCGUCUGCACCUCCAGAACUACACAGAGACAUAUAUACCAAUGGGCACCGCAUUCCCUAAGAUGCGGUCCAUCUUGGGUGAUUUUGCUGAGGAAAGAUCACAGAAUGGGAAACGAUCGCUUAGCUCCAAAGUAAGAGCGCAUGGCCAAUUGAAGAAGCAAGGUAACAAUAGUGAUUUACGCUACCAUGCUCUCCGUUUUCUGCCGGCAUCCAAGUUCCUCCGUGUAAUUGAUCUCCGGGGGUUAAGGAUAAAAAAGGUGCCUGGUGCAAUUGGGGAUAUGAUCCAUGUAAGGUACCUAGGGCUCCGGAGUCGCUCCCUUACCAAACUCCCUUCCUCCAUUGCUCGUCUCAUCAACCUUCAGACACUUGACAUAAAGAGAACUGAGGUGAAGAAGGUGACACGAGCAUUCUGGGAGAUUCCGACGCUGCGGCAUGUUGUGGCCAACAUGCUAGGACUGCCAAAGUCAGCUGGGGUGCUCAACAACAUGCAAACACUCACAGGCUUGCUUUGCUCUGAUCGUUUAGGCAACGACAUCAAGCCUUUACAAAACAUGGUUUAUCUUCGCAACUUGCAGAUUUCAGGUCUGGAUAACCGGCACUGGGAAGCACUUAGAGAAGUGUUCAAGAAGCUUGAGUCACUCAUGUACCUGCAGCUUGCUGGGAAAGAUAUUCCACUCGAACUCUUCACGAAAUUCACACUGCGCCGCCUGCAGAUCCUAGAGCUGCUCGGGAAAAUCGACAAAUCAAGUGUUAAUGAGGAGGACCAGUACACACUACCCAAUGUCACUAGGCUAGUGCUCAAGCUAUCAUUGGCAGAUCAGAAGUUCAUUGACAAGAUAGGUGAGCUGCCAAGCCUCAUGGAGCUAGUAUUGUCCGAAGAUUCCUACUGUGAAGAAAAUCUCUUGUUUUCUGAUAAAGGAUUCAACAAUGUCACAAGCUUGGUGAUGGCCAACCUAACAAUGGUGAAAAAGUGGACAAUACGACCCAUGUCCAUUCCGAAGGUUCAAAAGAUCGUUCUAUCUGGUUGCCCCAACAUGGAGAUCAAGCUUGAAGGGAAAGAAGGGGAAGAAAGCCUAGAAGGUUUGAUGGCAGAUCUCAAGGAAGUAGUGGUCUGCAACAUGCUGCAAGAGGGCUCCAUCAUCGUCAAGCCUGCAAAUUCUGCCUUUGAGGAGAAGAUCAACCAUGUGGCCAUCAAAACGAAGAGUGAAGACAUAACAGGUGCAACGCAACGAGAUGGAAGGUGGAGGGCAGGUAUGAUAGCUGGCAACAUGUACCAGAACUAG